UUCGGGGUCAAGUACGAUUUGUAGUCGGAUUGUUUUUUCUCAUUUAUACUAAUUGAGUCUCAUACACGUGGUUCUGUUCGUAGGUGUCUACAUUGUGGAUAUUAACUUUAUUUGUUUGUUGGAUUUAUUUCACUCGCUAACUCUCGGACCCGAUAAAGUUUAGCGAAACAAAACAUAUGCGGUGUAGAAGACGGUGUAGACCUCGUUUUUUUCGGCAUCGGAUAUGAACUGUGUGAAAAACAACUUAUCGAUUAACAUAAAUGUCUGAUCAUAUAGAUUCUAUUUUUUAAAAAUAACAAUAUUUUGUUUCGACGCUGAACAUUGACUGCUACGCUAAUUUAGUGUGUAGCUUGAACUUCAUUGAGAAGUCGCCAUAUUUUAUCGGCGACCUAGAUCUGUGUUUAAGCGUUGGGUUGUUUUGAUCUAGAUUCUGGAUCUACUUCGUCAUGUCCAGAACCGCGGAGGAUAAUAAAGGGACUGGCUCAGUCACAGAAAAAGAGCUGUUGGAGAAUGCAGAUGAUACUGUAUCAAAGGCCAGCACCAACAAAACUGCUGUUGGACUCAAGAGGGAUGUGGGUCUCAUCUCAGGGAUAGCCCUCAUCAUUGGCACUAUGAUAGGGUCUGGUAUUUUUAUAAGUCCAAAAGGCAUGAUUGAAGGAUGUGGCUCAGUGGGCUUAACAUUGAUCUUGUGGUGUCUUUGUGGACUUUUGACCACCAUGGGUGCUCUGUCAUACGCUGAGCUUGGCACAAUGAUCCCAGAGUCAGGUGGCGAACACGCCUACCUUAUGUACACCUUCAACAAAGACCGUAAGGGCACAAAGUCCAAAUACAAGCUCUUCAGCUCUCACGGCACACGUUCGUUUGCCAGGGUGCCUGCGUUUCUGUAUGACUGGGUGGCGCUGUUUAUCAUUCGCCCGACCAUGUUUGCUAUAAUGGCCAUGGCGCUGGGGACGUACGCUGUGAAGCCUUUUUAUCCUGACUGUGACCCUCCAGUGUUGGCUGUCAAACUGGUCACUGCUGUGGCUAUGUGUCUAAUUGCGGCUAUCAACAGUAUUUCAGUCAAGGCUGCCACUUUAGUCCAGAAUGUGACAACCUUUACCAAACUGAUUGCUCUUGCUAUCAUUAGCAUUGGUGGUUUGGUCAUGAUCUUUAAAGGAAAUACUGAGAACCUUGCUGAAGGAUUUGAAGAUACAAGGAAUGAUGCACAGAAAGUUGCCAUAGCAUUUUACAAUGGACUGUGGGCUUUUGAUGGCUGGAACAGCUUAAACUUUAUAACUGAAGAGCUAAAAGAUCCAACUAAGAAUCUUCCACGUGCCAUCAUGAUUGGCAUUCCCCUGACAACUGUCUGCUAUGUCAUGGCCAACAUUGGCUAUUUGGCCGUCAUGUCUAAAGAAGAGAUCAUGAUUUCCCAUGCUGUUGCUGUGACUUGGGGUGAACGGAUGCUGGGUGUCAUGGCCUUUUUAAUUCCUAUUUUUGUAGUAGCCUCAACAUUUGGUUCAGCCAAUGGCUGCUUGUUUUCAUCUGGAAGACUGAGUUAUUCAGCUGGCAGAGAUGGACACUUCCCUAGAGUUUUAUCCUUUUUACAAAUUGACAGAAAUACACCAAUGCCUGCAGUUUUGUUUACGUUGACAAUUUCCCUGUUUUUGAUCAUUCCUGGAGACCUGAGUUCUCUGAUUGACUUCUUCAGCUUUGCUUCCUGGCUGUUCUAUGGCAUCACCACUGGCUCUUUGCUGAUACUUCGUGUCAUUGAACCCGACACAAAGCGACCGUACAAGGUGCCCCUCCCUGUACCUAUCAUAGUCCUCCUUGCCUCCAUCUACCUAGUCAUCGCCCCCAUCAUUCAAAAUCCAGGAGUUCAGUUCUUGUAUGCUGUCAUCUUCAUACUUGCUGGACUGGUCAUAUAUGUGCCUUUUAUCUACAUGGGAUUUCACUUUAAAUUCAUGAAUUCAGUUACUAGAGUGCUUCAAAAAUUAUUCCGUGUGGCGCCAACUAGCUCAUGAGCUCAUCCCCGUGGAACAACAGUUUGUUUAACUGAUCCAGUGGCCAUAAGAAGUAGUGAACAUUUCCCUUAACUAACUCUGUUUUACACCUCCAUAUCUGCCAUCCUACUUAUAUAUUUCACCACUGUUCUAUAGAUGUGUAAAUUAUUGAACUGAAUCUAGGUACACUAUAACAAGGCAUUAUCUAUGUAUUUUUGUGUAAAAGUAACUUGUAAGUUAAAGUUUAAGGUGUAUGAUGAUCUCAGCAUUUCAUAUAUCCAAAUUUACAAACAAAACUUUAUAAAAUCCAGUACAGGUUUUAUUUUAAUUAUUGUAAUUUUGUUUAAAAGUUUUUACUUUAUCAGUUGUUUUACACUGAAAUUUCUGCCCGGAAUUAAAUUUGGUUAUUCUGUAAAGGUAUUGAUAGAAUAACAUGAAAGAAAUUUAUAAAUGUUUUAAUUUGUUCUACAUUGACUUAUUAUUGAUUGUUGUAUUGGACAAAAUGUUGUAUACAUUUUACUGCUGGUGCAACCCUUUUGGUUUGAGGUUAAAUUUGGUUUGGAAAUUUUCAACCACAUAGAAAUUUAUUUUUACAAGAGAUCCACUUUGUAUUUUUACUUUUGUUUUAAAUUGAAUGCACAAUGUCUGAUCUGGUAAUAGGUUUAGAAAUGUGUAUAGAUAUAACUAUACAGAAGACAAAUAUUCCAGUUUAAAUAACUGGCUUCUGUUAAAGUUGGUCAGAAAGUGAACAAAUGUGUCUGGACACGGAAAAAAUCAUUGAGUAAAAUAUACUGAUUGUUUUUAAUGGAGGGAAAGUCUUCACAAUUUUAGAAAAUAAUUUCUAUCAAGGUGUGAAAUGUUUACUUAGCGUUGUACUGAAACCACUUUAAUAAUUUACAACUUAGCUCAAAAGUAUGUUUAUAUACAAUGAUUGCGUCAAGGCUAAGCUUUUAAAUUUUCUUUUUUGUUAACUUUAUUCAGUUAUAACAUGUUAUUUCGUAAGUUAUUUGAUGAUAGUCUACACCUUUACCACAAACAACGCAAUACAUUUUUCUUGAAAUGACACUAGCGUGUAAUUGAUUCUUUUAAAAACGUCUACAUUUUUACUCUGAAUUAUUUGCCCCCAGAUUUGCCCUUCUGUGUGUUGCCCUUCAGAGGGCUGUCAAGUACUCACAUUUUACAGAUUUUGUAAAUUUAAAUUUUACAAAUUAAAUCUGUCUCAAGUUUAAUAAAAAUCAAGAAAUAAUCAAAAUAUUAGCUGUACAAACAUUUUAAAAAAAAUAUUUGUAUUCAGCCUCUAAAUCAUCGAAAAAAACCAACCUUUUAAAUUCAAAUAAAUCCAGUUAAUUGUUUUUAAAUAUAUACACUUAUAUUUGUAAAAAAAAAAACUGCCUCUGUUCCUGUAUUUAAAUUAACCAAGUGACUGUCAAUAAUAAACCCUGUGUGUUCAUUCUAAAACUUGCCCUAAAGGGUUUAUAUUUGAAACCAUAAUCUUUUGCUAUUUUACCCUUACAUUUUACUUAAAUGUGUUCCUUUAACAAAACUUUAUGAAUUUACAUUUAUGUGAUAAGAUUUCUUAAACUAACAAGAUGCAUACAUUUUUUCAAGUUGAUGUUGAGGUAGGAAUAACUAGGAGAUGUGUCAACUGUAUAUAUCACAUUCAUCAUAUCUAUUUAAUUAAUUUAACUAUUUAAAAUAUUUAAUUUAAAACAUAUCAUUAAGUUAUCUGCGUCUAUGAUACUUCAGUUUGUUUGUUUUUGUUGAGAUCAGUUAUGGUCAAUGUUGCUGAUAAAUGUUAGUGUUUGUGUUCAGUUAAUUCUCAUAAAAUAUGCUAAUUUGAACAGGUCAUUCAUAUUGCUGCAGACGUAAAGCAGCAGUCAAGCAGAACAAAUUUGCUUACAUCUGUUUUGAUAUUCAUUACUUUAGUCAGUCAUUAGUCAGCCAAUACUUUAGUCAGUCAUUAGUCCAACAUUACUUUAGUCAUUCAUUAGUUUAGUAUUUCCAAUAUGUAAGAUAAGCUUAAAAAUAUCUUGAUCAUAUUUUAUUUUCUGAUGUAUUGUCGCCGCUUUUUAUUAUCUAUUAUUUUAUUUUAUAGAUAGGCACAUGAACAUUUGUUCAUAUUUUUGUCUGUGGUUCAUGUGUCUCAGAAAGGUUGAGGUAUGUUCAAAUUUUAAUGUUUUGUGAUGUCUGAGGUAGGCAACUAUAUGUUCAUAUUUUAGUCUAUCAUGUGUCUUAGGUAGGUUUAGGGUGAAAACUUCCUCGUAUUUGCCUGGUGCUUGUAACUGCAUGAUUCCCUGUGUGUUUUAUUCAAGCUUUCUUCCUGUGAACUAUUUAACCAUGAGAACUAUUGAAAUUAACAUGUGCCUAUCUUUGGUUUCAAACAACAGAUUUCAUCACUGGGAUUUCAUCACAUUUCCUGCUUGGCCAUACCUCACUGUAGGCCAGGGUUAGGUUUAAGGCAAGGGUUUAGGGAUAAAUGUACUUAGUAUUGGCUUUUAGUUUCUCCAGAAAGUCCAGUCUAGCUGUGAUGACUUAUGACUGAUGUGGUACCACUGUGUGGUACUGGUAUUGUUAUGUAGCUUGAUAAGUCCAUGUCAAACACAUUAGCAGUGACCACAAGCUUAAAGAAAAUGUGGACAAUUUCCUCUUGCCUGUUAGGAUUAGCACCAAAUGUUUCAAAUUGCCCUACCUGAAUCUUGGCCAGCAGGAAAUCUGAAGAAAUCACGAGACAAAUACUCUCAGUACAUUCAGCCAAUGUAAAAGCUUGCUGGUUAUCCACAUGCAUUCUUUGAUUGCCAAACUUUUCCAUGAUUUAUUUGUCUGCCAUGGUUGAUGUGUACAUAACCGAUUUUAUUUUUUAUUUUUAUUCUGUGCCAACUUGUUUAGCUGAAGAAAUUUUUUCUUCGCUUAAGUGAUGUUCUAUUUAAAGCACAAAUUGAACUGCAUGCAUCUAGUGAUGGUGAGGUUAUACGAUUAUCAUGGCAUUUUGAUUUGCUGUGUUCAUGAGGUAAAGUGUGACUACGGCACUGUUCAUUUGAUUUCUUUUUCAUUUUGUCAUCUGAUGGUGUAUUGGGUAAAUAAAAAACAUGAAAU